AUGAAGGAGCAACAAGAGCGUGCGCGGUUGGAAGAGGAGGAAGCAGAGACGGACGAAGAGACGACGGAGAGCAAGAUCAACCGACUGGGCAAAGUGGUGCACUUAGACUGGCGUCAGUUCUCUCUCUGGCUCCUGUCGGGAGCGUUCCUGCUUUGUGUGGUGGUCGUGGCAGCACCGUUCGCCAAGAAGUUAUUGGAGCCGUCGUUGCCUUACUGUGAUAGCGAGUGGAUUGAAGCGAACGAGGGAUCGUUUGUGCUUGCGGAUCCUGCAGAUUACUUUGAUCGCUCGAAAGCCUUGCAGCCUUUUAUUGGAGCCACUGCAAUGGCCACACAGACGUCGACACCGCUCUGUCAGCCAUGUCCCGUGUAUGGCAAUUGUCUCAAUGGCUCCGUGAUAUCGUGCGCGCCUCCGUAUCUACUGCACUCCGGACUCUGCAAGGAAAACCCAGAAAUCCAGCAGAAUUUGGACCAACUCGCCGUCGCAAUCCAGAAAUUCGUCGUCGAGAAGGCUGCAAAGAUUGUGUGUGACAACGUGUCACUAUGGAGCUACCUCACUGUAGGUCAAGCAGAGGCCACAAGAGACGCGACGACGUCAAUUGAAGUGCUGCUCUCUGAUGUGCAAGUCUUCGUGACAAGGACGAUCUCGUUCGGCAAGGUUGUAGCACUGUUGCCUCGCGAGUAUGUGUUAAAUCGCGCUCUGGAUAUGGCUCUACGUGAUUUGAAGGACAUCUUUGUGACUGAAGACCAGAGACAGCUCGUCGUGGGCGGCAGUGUCGUGCCGUGGUCGUGCCGCGCCAAGCUCCAGUUAUACUCUCACAUGAAGCUGAUUGCUCUUGCCGUCGCGUUGGGCACAGUGCUGGUCUUCGGCUACCGACAGUUUCUGUUGUAUCGCACCGAACGGCAGUUGGUGGAUCGAUUCGUGAAGGAGGUGCGCUUCUUCCUCUUAGACCGGACUCGCAGACGCGAUCGCUUCUACCCUUCCGAUCAUCUCCGCGACGAUCUGUUCGAGAAACAAUCGCUCCAGCAUCGAGCUUGGUUGUGCAGAAGCGUCUGGCCCAAAGUUGUGGCUGUCGUGAACGACGAUUCUCGGAUUAGAGCGCGGGUGAUGAAAGUUGGCUGUGUGGGAAUGGGCCUCGUCAUCGUCGCCGGCUCAUAG